AUGCAGCUUAUCUUCACGGUUGCAGCCAUCGCGAGUGUGGCAGCCGGGUUUCAGUCGGUGAUUAGCGAAAAGCAAUUUUCUCAGGAAUUUCUCGACAACUACAGCAUCCUGAAGCACUAUGGCGGUAAUGGCCCUUACUCCAGCCGCCGGUCCUACGGGAUCUCGCGCGAACCUCCCGACUCGUGCUCCGUCGACCAGGUCAUCAUGAUCAUGCGUCAUGGCGAGCGAUAUCCGUCUCCAGACCUCGGAGCGAGCAUCGAAGCAGCUCUCGCCAAGAUCAAGUCCUCGAACGUAUCCACAUACCAGGGCGACCUGGAUUUCCUAAAUUCCUGGACCUACUAUGUCCCCAAUCACUGUGCCUACAAUGCCGAGACCUCCACCGGACCGUAUGCUGGUCUCCUCGAGGGAUUCAAGCGAGGUAGCGACUACCGCGCUCGUUACGGUCAUUUGUGGGACGGGGAGUCGAUUGUCCCAAUCUUCGCUGCUGGUUACCAGCGUAUCAUUGCUACUUCUCGAAAAUUCGGCGAGGGUUUCUUCGGCGCCAACUACUCCACCAAUGCGGCCAUCAAUAUUAUCUCAGAGGCAAAGGAGAUGGGUGCAAAUAGCCUCACACCCACUUGCGACCACGACAAUGACACCAGCACUUGCAACUCCCUGACAACGGUGUGGCCACAGUUCAAAGUCGCUGCAGCCCGUUUGAAUUCUCAGAACCCCGGUUUGGAUCUGAAUGCCACUGACAUCUACUAUCUGAUGUCCAUGGCUUCCUUUGAAUUGAACGCUCGGCCGUACUCCGACUGGAUCAAUGUUUUUACCCUUGAUGAGUGGGUGACGUUUGGUUACGUUCAGGACCUGAAUUAUUAUUACUGCGCCGGCCCAGGAGACAAGAACAUGGCCGCUGUGGGGGCCGUAUAUGUAAAUGCAUCUCUGACUCUCCUCAACCAAGGCCCGUCAGCUGGCACAUUAUGGUUUAACUUUGCCCAUGAUACAAACAUCACCCCCAUUCUUGCGGCCCUCGGCGUCCUCACCCCGGAGCGUGAUCUUCCCACCGACCGUGUUGUCUUCGAUAGCAAGUGGUCCUCCGGGGACAUCGUCCCCCAGGCCGGCCACCUGACAAUCGAGCGACUGAACUGCACGAGCACUGCCGCAUCACCUGCCGGCGUCUAUGUCCGCUUGGUCCAAAAUGAGGCCGUCAUCCCGGUUGAAGCGUGCCAAUCAGGUCCUGGGUACUCUUGCUCCCUGGCCGACUUCACCGAAAUUAUGUCCAAGCAGCUUCCCGAUUUCGUGUCGACUUGCAGUAUUCGCUCGUCGUACCCUCAGUACCUAGACUUCUGGUGGAACUACAAUACGACCACCGAUCUGAACUAUCCGAAGGGCCCGGUUCCCUGUGCCGAGGGAGUGGCGACAAGCUAG